CUUUACUCCUUGUUCUAUUAUUCUCAAAAAAAAUCUUGCGACUACUUUCGUUGAGCGCAGCUCCUGUUCAUAUUUCUUUCGCUCCACAGAUCAUUCUACACUAUAUUAAAAGUUUCGUUCUACAUCGCGGACAUAAUGGAUACACCAUCUCAGGAACCAGAAAAGGAAAACCCGAUGCUGGACGGUCGAGGAAAGGAUAUUUUAUACCGACAAUUACAUGGCUUGGAGGAUAAUACGGGAAAGAAAAGGCUCAACCCAUUAUCUUUCGCUGCGCCAUGGGACAUUCUCGUUAUUGUCAUGAGCUCUAUCAUGGCCGUGGCGGCUGGAGCGGCGAAUCCACUUUUGACUGUUAUUUUCGGCCAGCUUGCGAGCACUUUUGCAGGCUUUGUACAGGGCUCGGUAUCUGGAGACACCCUACGAGGAAAGACGAACCAAUUUGCCCUCUACUACGUCUACUUAGCCAUAGCCGAGUUCUUCCUCAUUUACACUAGCACAGUGGGCUUCUACUACACCGGCGAACGAAUCACGCAAAGAAUACGACAAGCCUAUUUGAAAGCUACCAUACGUCAAAACAUGGCAUUUUUCGACACUCGAGGAGCUGGCAUCAUCACCAACCACAUCGCCUCGGACAUGAACCAGAUCCAGGAGGCUCUUACAAGUAAGCUGUCAAUGGCACUUACAGCUGCCGCAAAUUUCGGUGCUGCGUUCGUGAUUGCGUUCAUAAUGUCCUGGAAGCUUGCAUUUGUCCUCUGCAGUGUCUUCGUGGCAAUGAUUAUUAUCACAUACGCGAUCACCCCAUUCGCCAUAGAUUAUGGCAAAAUAUCUUCGAAAUGCUACGGCACUGGAUCCUCUCUCGCCCAAGAAGCCAUUGGAGCCAUUCGAGACGUGACAGUGUGUGGUAGCCAGGCCCAGCUUUGCGACAGGUACAACCUCUUUUUGAAGGACGCAGAGAAGUCAGGCAUCAAAUCCCGCUCCUUAAUUGCGAUCAUGAUCGGCUGGGCGAACGCUAUGCCUUGUUUCACAUACGCCCUCGGCUUUUACGUGGGCGCAAGAUUUUUAAUCAAAGGAUACGUAGGUAUCUCAGCCCUAACGAGUGCAACCUUAGCUAUCGUGAACGGCGCCUUUGCGGUCGUACGGAUCAUCCCAACAGCGGAGGCCUUUGUGAAUGGAAUGGCUAGCGCGAGUUCCGUCUUCGAGACCAUCUCCAGGAAAUCUCCACAAGACCCAUAUUCAAAGGAUGGAAUUGUCCCAGACGCAAUCAUCGGAACCUUUGAGCUAAAGGAUGUGGGCCUUGUCUAUCCUUCGCGACCAGAUGUUCCCGUCCUCAGAGGUGUGAACAUCGACAUACCCGCUUUGAAAACAACUGCUCUCGUCGGACUCUCGGGCUGUGGGAAGAGUAGCAUCUUUGGACUUCUGGAACGGUUCUACGAACCCACAUCUGGCACUAUCAGAUUAGAUGGACGUGAUGUGCAGGAUCUCAAUCUACGCUGGCUUCGAUGCCAAAUGGGCUAUGUCGGCCAGGAGCCGGUCUUGUUCAGCACAACGGUAUUCGAGAAUAUACGCCAAGGUUUGGAGAGCUCAGAGUUAGACGAUGACCCUCAGCGAAUUCGCGAGCGAGUGAUUGCUGCCGCAAAGUUGGCAAAUGCCCACGACUUCAUCAGUAGACUGCCCUUAGGGUACGAUACCGAGGUUGGAGAGAAAGGGAAGUCCUUGUCCGGUGGACAGCGGCAACGUGUUGCUAUCGCUCGCGCUAUUGUGGCCGAACCAAGCGUCCUACUCCUGGACGAGGCAACAUCUGCUCUCGACACAACUUCCGAACGAAUUGUACAGGUUGCUCUCGAGGCUGCAGCUCAGAACCGAACGACGAUUGUGAUUGCCCACCGACUAUCGACUAUUAGAAACGCUGACAACAUUAUUGUAAUGUCAGCUGGCCAAGUCGUUGAGCAGGGAACUCACCAACAGCUCAUGGCUCUCCAUGGAGCAUAUUCGAAGCUGGUAGAGAUACAACAAGUCGAUGGCAGCCACGACACUUCAGAAGAGUCAGAUUUCGAUCUUGGUUCAAGAGAAACGCUCCAGGAUAUAUAUCCGGCCGUAAAAAGUAAGAAAGAAACAUUACUUGAAGAGUCUGAAGCCAGCCACAAGAGUAUCAACGACAGCGAUGAGGAACCGGUGGGACCGAAACCACAGUCGAAACCGACCUUCUGGGCGACUAUCAAGAUGAUUAUCCAACUCAACAAGCCGGAGUGGCUGUUUCUGUUUGGCGGAUUACUCUCUGCCAUGCUAGCCGGUUUCGGUCUCCCAGUGCAGUCUGUGUUCUUCGCAAAGAUCCUGGAUGCCUUCUCUAUUCCGCUAAACGAGAGCAAGAAGCUGCAAGACCAUGUUAAUAUCUGGGCCCUCGCUUUCACACUCAUUGGAGUUUACUGUUUUUUUAUCUGGCUUGUUAAUGGCAUUUUCUUCGCGUACGCUACAGAAAAGCUUUCACGACGAGUUAGGUAUCUUUGUCUGAGGCACAUCCUCCGCCAAAAUAUUGGAUACUUUGACGACAAACACCACUCUACUGGGAACAUGAGCUCAAUGCUAUCAUCGAGUGCUGCAGACUUGGCGGGGCUAGGAGGAGCGGUCAUUGGUAGCAUCCUGACUUUCACCUUUACAAUUGCAACGGGCAUCAUCAUGUCAGUGGUUAUUGGAUGGAAGCUAGGUCUUAUUUGUACAGCGACUAUUCCUUUCACGGCGGUUCUUGGGUGGGUCCGCCUUCAAUUUAUUUCGAUUUUCGACAGUAAAGUUCGGCUUAGUAGUCAGCGAGCUGCGAACUAUGCUAGCGAAGCAGUCACUGCGAUCCGCACUGUGGCUGCAUCCGGACUGGAGGAUUUUGUGCUCCAAAGCUAUCGCACUGUCCAGCUCGAGCAGGCCAAGAAGUCCCUUCCAGCCAUCUUGCGCGCGUCCGCUCUCUACGCAGCAUCCCAGGCUGUAGCCUUUUUGGCCGCAGCUCUCGUCUUCUGGUAUGGAAGCUUGCUUCUCGCUAGACAUGAGUACGGCCUCACACAAUUCUUUAUCUGCUUUGUAGCAUUAAUCUGGGGGUCGCAAAUCGCGGGUGCCUUGUUCAAUUUCGCACCGGAUAUCGGAAAGGCAAUGAAUGCUGCCUCUGACCUCAAAUUACUUUUCGAAAAGGAACCUACCAUCGACACUUGGAACCACAAUGGAGCUUGCACUGAGAAGGAGAGCACCAAAGGUCACCUUGCACUCCACAAUAUCGACUUCUACUAUCCAACUCGACUGGAUCAGCCUGUGCUUCGCAAUAUCAGCUUAGAUAUCCCUGCGGGCAAGUUUGUAGCAUUAGUUGGAGCUAGUGGAUGCGGCAAGAGUACUAUUCUAGGCCUGCUUGAGCGAUUUUACGACCCUAGUUCUGGAACGGUGACUUUGGAUGGCCAAGAUAUCUCAAAACUCAACAUAAAUGGCUACAGACAGCUUUUCUCUCUCGUCGGUCAAGAACCCACCCUCUACUCAGGCACAAUCAGAGAGAACCUAGCCCUGGGACUGAGCACCACUGUUUCCGAAGAUGAAAUAGUGCAAGCCUGCAAAGAUGCAAAUAUCUACGACUUCAUAACCUCUCUCCCACAAGGUCUCGAAACCUCUGUCGGGUCCAGCGGCACUAUGCUCAGCGGCGGCCAAAAACAGCGUAUCUCUAUUGCGCGAGCUCUCCUGCGCAACCCACGCAUCCUCCUCCUUGACGAAGCAACUUCAGCCCUCGACUCGGAGUCUGAAAAGCUCGUUCAGGACGCGCUGCAGCGAGCCGCGGAAUCACGUACUACGGUUGCGAUUGCGCAUCGCUUGAGUACGGUGCAAAAAGCAGAUAUAAUAUAUGUGAUUAGCGAGGGGCAGGUGGUGGAGAGUGGGUCGCAUAGGGAGUUACAGGCGUUGGGUGGGCAUUACUCGAGCUUGUUGCAGAUGCAGGGACUACAGUGAUGGUAUUUAGAGAUAUAUUUACUUGUAAUGGCAUUGGCGUUUGUUGGGUGUUUGUGGUGAGGAUUUUGUUGCUUGCUUUCAAGAUACCUCGGGCAUGGAAAAUAGUAUGGAUAUGUAUGGAAUGUAAAAUUGAAUAUAGCAUAGCAUAGAUGGCAGAUUAGAG